GAGAAGAGGGGAUAUUAGUAAGUGGGAAUUCUUCACAUAAUUAUUAAUAAAUCCCAGACGCUCAUAAUGAUGAUUUUUGCUACAGUCUAAUGUCGUUUUGGAUGGCGCCCCGGCGGGUGGAAUUCAGAACGACUUUUUCAUCUGUGUAGGCUACUGUAGUCUAGAUAUUUUAUAUAGAUGUCAUACCGUUUGCGGUUUAUUUUUUCCAUCGAAUGGAAUAUAUUUUCAAUGGAAAAUUCAUUAAGCUAUAGACUAGGCCUACUUAAUACUUAAUAGAGCAUUCAAAUGCGUCUCGUAAUUUUUCACUUUAGUUAUUGGCAUCGUUUUUGCCUAAAGGGAAAUUGAGUGCCACCUGAAUAAAAUCGUGGUUUUCAGUGCGACUUGUGUUUCAAGAGCUCAAUGAAACACCUCUCAAUCACUAAGGAUUCCGAAGCUAGCUGAGCUUAUACUACCAGUUUCCAAGCACGGGGAACGAGGAUAGGCUGACUCGAAAAUAUCUGAAAAUACGGAAUUGUCAUCAAUACGUUGACAUAUGCUUCAAUUGGAAACAAAAAAAACGUGUGGUGCGUUCUCUUUAGCAUUUAAUAAGCCGUAUCGGCUGGCCCCAGCCAUCAUCGUGCGCCUCCGCCACGGACAUUUAUAACGGAAGCAACAGGCUGAGCUCAUCCCACUGGUGAGAAAGUCGCCUUUCACCGGAGAAAUUCACUUCCUGUGUGUUUAUGCAAACCUUACGAGCCGAGUGCGUUCACCCGUUUCGUGCUGACUACAACUCCCCUUUAAACUACCUGGGAUAGUGGUGAACAGUUGUUGGAACUGGACCUCAAGACGCGCCCACUGAAGAAUUGCGGGCUUAGUGCAUUUCGUUUACGCGCAGGCGACACACAGCUGUGGAAAACCCGACACUGCAUGCGGAGUGCUGAUGGUUGACAUGGCGAAAGAGGGCGGUCAAAACACAGACGGGUUAAACAGCGUGCCUUGGUUAUGGUUUCAUAUCUAACUCCAAGUAGCUGGAAUACUUCAUUUGCUGUUCAUUCAGAGAGCUCCACAUCUACACAUCCAAGACAGCCACGCAUGCCCCAGAGGACCUUUGCACAUCAGCACUUCAUGCCCGCCCUGGUGAUGCCAUGCCCCGCAACCACAGCGGAGAUGAAGGCGGCACGGGGCUCUGGAUGAAAACUUCUCCGGGCCACCGCGCCGAGGGCUAUGACUUGAAGGAUGUGGAGUCCGGCCGAAGGAUGAUGAACAACGCCAGUGCCGGGGACGGUUUGCUGUCGGCCUCCAGUGCUACAGGUGCCGGGGGUUCGGAGACCCUGAGAGGAAACAAGGGAGCCCGGCUCAGCCUGCUGGGAAAGCCGCUCAUAUACAGCGCUCAGAGCGGCCGGAGAAACGUCCGUUACCGAAGGCUGCAGAAUUUACUGUACAACGUGCUGGAGAGACCACGAGCCUGGGCGUUCAUCUACCAUGCGUUUGUGUUCGUCCUGGUCUUUGGUUGCUUGGUCCUGUCUGUGUUCUCCACCAUUCCGGCUCACCAGGACUUCUCUUCCGACUGUCUGCUCAUCCUGGAGUUUGUGAUGAUCGUGGUGUUUGGGCUGGAGUACAUCAUCAGGAUCUGGUCGGCCGGCUGCUGCUGUCGCUACAGAGGAUGGCAGGGUCGCCUCCGUUUCGCCCGGAAACCUUUCUGUGUCAUAGACAUCAUCGUACUGAUAGCCUCCGUAGCGGUGGUGUCGGCAGGAAGCCAGGGUAACAUCAUCGCCACGUCUGCCCUGCGUAGCCUCCGCUUCCUGCAGAUCCUGCGUAUGGUGCGCAUGGACCGGCGCGGCGGCACCUGGAAACUGCUGGGAUCAGUGGUGUACGCACACAGCAAGGAGCUGGUGACGGCCUGGUACAUUGGCUUCCUGGUUCUCAUCUUCUCCUCCUUUCUGGUCUACCUUGUGGAGAACAAGUUCAACAGCGAGUUUGCCACCUAUGCUGAUGCCUUAUGGUGGGGAACGAUCACCUUGACAACCAUUGGUUACGGGGACAAGACCCCGAAGACAUGGACCGGUCGUAUGCUCUCAGCUGGGUUUGCUCUACUGGGCAUCUCUUUCUUUGCCCUGCCAGCGGGUAUACUGGGCUCAGGCUUUGCCCUGAAGGUCCAGGAGCAGCACAGACAGAAGCACUUUGAGAAGAGGAGGAACCCAGCCGCUUGUCUCAUCCAGUGUGUUUGGCGUAGUUAUGCGGCUGAUGAGAACUCGGUUUCCAUUGCUACCUGGAAGCCUCAUUUGAAGGCGUUGCAUACCUGCAGCCCUACAAAGAAGGACCAGGGUGAAUCGUCCACAAGUAAAGUUCUCAGUAGUAAGCAGAAGCUACUGAGGAGGUGUACCCUACGGAAACAUACUAGCCAGAAGUUGAGUUUCAAAGACCGUGUCCGGAUGGCGAGCCCCAGGGGGCAGAGUAUUAAGAGCCGGCAGACGUCGGUGAGCGACCGGCGGUCACCGGGGACUGAGGCUGGGGGUACGGAGGGCACUAGCCCUGCCAAGGUCCAGAAGAGCUGGAGCUUCAAUGACCGCACCCGCUUCAGACCCUCCCUCCGCCUCAAGAUCCAAUCACGCUCCACUGCCGAUGCUGACUCUAACAUGACCACUGAGGAUGGGUUCGGUGAUGACAAGGGUUGUCACUGUGAGAUCUCUGUGGAGGACCUGCUGCCUUCCGUCAAGUCUGUCAUCCGAGCCGUCAGGAUAAUGAAGUUCCACGUGGCCAAGAAGAAGUUUAAGGAGACGUUGCGUCCGUAUGAUGUGAAGGACGUCAUAGAGCAGUACUCCGCCGGACACCUGGACAUGCUGUGUCGCAUCAAGAGUCUGCAGACACGGCUGGACAUGAUAGUGGGGCCCCAGCCCCUGAGCAGCCGAGCCAAGACCUUUUCCUCUCCCUCCCUGCCCAUGUAUUACAGCCACGGCAGAAAGAACUCCACGCAGGGAGUGGACCAGAUCCUGGGUAAAGGCCAGGUUCCUCUGGAUAAGAAGAUCCGUGACAAGCUGCUGUCGGAUGGAGACCUGCUGGAGGACAUGAGUAUGCUGGGACGCGUCUGCAAAGUGGAACGGCAGGUCCAGUCUAUUGAGUCGAAGCUGGACUCCCUGUUGGACAUCUACCGGCAUGUGUUACGUAAAGGCUCCUCCUCUGCCCUCACCCUCUCCUCCUUGCCCCUGUUCGAGCUGGAGCAGACCUCAGACUACCAGAGCUCUAUCCUCUUCAAGGACCACUCCACCUGCUCUACCCAGGUCAGCAGCACCGGAGGUGGGCCAGGGAUAGAGGGCCAAGGGGGGCGCGUGACCCGCUCCUCCACCAACACCUCAAACCUGUCCCGGGGACUUCACCUUAUCCUGGCGCCGUCCACCGAGCUCAGCCUCAACCUCAACACUGGCACCACCUCGCCUUCUACCAGUGGGCCCCCGCCCUCCUCGUUCAGUCCGUCGCCCCUUCCUCAACACCACCAACAUCAUCAUCAUCAUACCCUGCCGGAAAGUGGGGAACCAGUCCAUAGAGGAAGUUCUUCUCACUCACCUCCUAUUCUUACUCCUAAUUGUGUAUCUGGAGGUGGGGGGUUUCCUACUCUGGCCAGGCCCCCACCACCUCCUCCCCAGCCCAGCCGGACGGUGGGUCACUCCAGGCCAGAGAGGGAGAGGGAGAUGGUGAUGGAGGUGGGUGACUUCUGUGGAAGCCCGGAGGAGAGGGAGGAUGGUGAUGUGUUAGGCCCAGAACAAGGCCUCAGAAUCGGGAGGCUGGGGCAGCCAAGAGGGGGGUCCAGUGGGAACAGCAAUGGCCGGCCCUGCAAUGCCAAAGCAGAGGGCUCCUGGAGGAGACACACAAGCCUGGAGAUGGAGCCCCUGGUACCCCUCUCUUCUGCUCUGGGAGGAGGAGGUCGCUGCUCCUCUGGCUCCAACCCCAGCCAGGUGGACCAAAGCCUGGGCAAGUCCAUGUCCAUCCAAAACCUGGGGCAGGGGGGGUCAACCACCUCCAGGGCCCUGGAUAGCCACCACCAUCCUAGCCUCAGCCUCUCCUCCCCCAGCCCCUGCAGCAGCGAUUCCCCCACAGGCUCCCACAGUAGUCAGGACCCUGGGGGAGGGGGCGGCGGGGAUGGCUGGGGGGAGGAGGACCUCUUUAUCAGCGACAGGGACGUGGAUGCCCUCCCUCUCCCCCCCGAGGCUCAAGGUGGAGCUUUUGGCUUUGACUUCCUGUCCCAGGGGACAGCCGACGCAACCUCUUACUCAUCAGAGCUACUGAGGACAGACCCGGGGCUUGGGGCGGGGUUAAGUGCUCUGGCAGGGUUCAAUAGAAGCCUGGCCAGCGGGAGCGGGAACAUGUCAUCGCCCCCCUCAGUCGGGAGCACAGAGUCCCUGAGCAUGCCGCACGUACGGCUAAAAUAAGACACACCCCCGUGUCGUAUGGACCAAUCAAAAAACCUCACCUUACAGAGAAGCUCUUUAUCCUAUUUUGGGAGGGGGGAGGGGGAACAGGGAGGGACUAUAAUGGUUAUUUCUGUUUAUUUUUUAUGUUGAUUCAUUUGAUAAAAAGCAUCGUAUUUUUCAUACAUGUCGACGAUACAUGAACAUAUCAUUGCAUGAAUUAUUAUUUUUUUAAAGUACGGUUGAAGAAAUGGAAACAAAGAAAACAAAGAAGGUAUAAUAAAGAGAGAGAGAGAGGUGUAUAAAAAAGAGACUGAGUAAGAGGUUGUGUGUAUAUAUAUAUAUUGUAUAUAUAUAUAUAUAUAUA